GACCUCUCGAUUUUCUGACAUUUUUUCUUGGCUUGGCGCCACACCAUCACCCUUGCCAUCUCCAUACUCAUCCAUCGUCGGGCAUUCCAAUCUGCGCAUUCUUGUCGCAUAUCUGCCUGCGAACCUCCUCUCUCAUCGGCCACGUUUCGGUUCCCCUCUGAUCGUGCCUCCCGUAUCCUUGGGCGCUCUCGCUUCGGAUCACAAACCUCAAAAGGAAAAACCCGUCGCGAGCGCCUGCCGUUCUCUACAAAGAGCUAAAGGGACAAAGAAACAUUAGACAGUCUGCACUUUCCGCAAUAGUAAUUCGCAAAAGACCUUGCUUCUUCUUGUUCCUCUUUCGCGCACACCUCAUCAUCACUCAAUCACACGAGACCUGGUACUUGUGGUCACUGUCGACUCAGGACAAAAUAUUCAAGUCGGCGGUCACAUCGGAUUUAGGCAGUUGUUGUUUGUAGGGGAGACAUUGAGUUGUUCAUCUCCCACAUCUCGGUACGAAUACCAUCUCCACCCUCCUAUCGUUCGAGGUCGCCGCCGUCGUCGACUGGCACGGAGCGUUAUCUGCGAGACAAGUGAAGUGAAAGCGAGUUCACUGCCUUGCCUCAGUCGAGCCUCAGAUCGAUCGACCCCGACGAAAAUCUUUUCCACCGCCACCCGUCAUCGCAGAGUCCUAACCUUUCUCUCAGACUGCUCUCACCGUCCCUUCGAUCUUCCUCAUCGACAAGGACAUCAAACUGCUACCGCUUGAUUGCGCCGCAGUUCCGCGAACCUCACACAUUGCAAUCAUGGAUUCCCUUACCACUCAUCCUUCCACCGCGCAACAGGCCAAAGCCUUCACCUCUCCCGCGUCUCUCUCGUUUCCUGGUGGUGCUGGAGACUUGACACCGCCCUCCUCUGAGAAAGAUGGACAUAACCUCAAUGGUGGCUCAUAUGCGGAUGGGAAGAUGAAUGGUUUACAACAAGGAGGGAAUGCUCUACAAGCUCCUCAAACUCCUACUGCGACCCCUGGUGCUGGAGUGAGUGGUAUUGUGCCUACUUUGCAAAACAUUGUGGCUACGGUCAAUCUUGACUGCCGUCUUGAUCUCAAGACCAUCGCACUCCAUGCCCGCAAUGCUGAGUACAACCCAAAACGUUUCGCCGCUGUCAUUAUGCGUAUUCGAGACCCCAAGACAACCGCUCUGAUCUUCGCAUCAGGCAAGAUGGUCGUCACGGGUGCAAAGUCGGAAGAUGAUUCGAAGCUUGCAAGCCGCAAGUAUGCUCGAAUCAUCCAGAAACUUGGUUUCAAUGCCAAGUUUACCGACUUCAAGAUUCAGAACAUUGUCGGCUCUUGCGACAUCAAGUUUCCCAUUCGACUGGAGGGUCUUGCAUCCAAGCAUCACCCCUUCAGCUCGUAUGAACCUGAACUGUUCCCUGGUCUCAUCUAUCGCAUGAUCAAGCCGAAGAUUGUGCUAUUGAUCUUCGUCAGCGGCAAGAUUGUGCUCACUGGUGCCAAGGUCCGUGAGGAAAUCUAUCAGGCGUUCGAGCAGAUCUACCCGACACUUUCAGACUUCCGUAAAGUCUAGAUGUUGGUGAUCUUCUAUUUUCGCCGUGUAUCAACAUAACCACCAGCCCCCGUUCUCCAACAAUUGUCACAUCGUCAAGAACGGGUGGCCAUCACACUUACCACCACAUCACACUCCUACCAUCUUGCUUUUUGCCCGUGUUACGACUAUCUAUGAGCAUUGCAAGGCGUUCUUGAGCGAAAUCUUUACCUUUCUCUUUCCGGGCUUGAGCACCCAAAAAGGUGGGGUGCAGAGCCUGUACACCAAAUUAGACAUGGGUCUUCAUCGACAUAAAGGGCAUCAUUGGGGCGGUAUUCGGCGCGCUGGUCGAAUUCUCGUUUACCGUCUUCGCAGCUUCUCAUCACACAACUGUUUCCCAUCUUCGGUUCUAGAUGUGUCACGAUCGUCCACUUGGGUCAUCGUUGAUCAUCUUCCGGCGAUUUUCAGGUCGUUCGGGUAUGGGAGGGACAUUGUCCUGAAAUUGAGAGCUUGGUUUUCCACGGCUGGGUUUCGAAAGCCGUCACGGGCGUGGGGUAUCGUCCAUCAGAUUGUAUUGGCGAAAAGAAAAGCGGGAGAAGUGUUUGGAACAAACGGUCGAUGCUGAGGAGGUGCUGGGUAUCGUAGUAUGGUGCCGCUUAUUGCUGAGGUUGAAACCUGGCGGCAUGGCAUUAAUCGUCCAAAUAUUAUUCUUGGUCCUCCCAAAA